AUGGCUGGAGCCCCGCGCGGGCUCGAUCUCACCUUCCUCAGCGAGCAGGAAGCCCGGCAGAUUUUCCAGGUGCUGGAGCGGGACGCGGAGCUGAAAAGGGCCGAGAAGGACCGGAUCAGCAAACUUCAGAAGAAAAAGCAAGAUGUAACUGGACUACAGGGAGUGACAGGAGAAUGGUUUGAAGAAAUACAGAGAAAAAAAUUUCAGAAUGAAAUUGAUGUCAACAGAAUGUUAAAACGACCACUAGCACAUUGGCUAAGAAAGACAUCAAGAAACGAUCCUAAAGAGUUCAAAAUGUCAUCACCCCAAAAUCAACAAGCACAAAAGAAUGUCUCACCUUCCAUUCUGGGAUUUAGAGCUCCUUUCGCUUCACUCUUCUCCUUCAAAAAAUCAAGGAAGCACAGUUUAAAGCAGCAGACUCAGCAGCAACCACGAUAUGACAGCUUUGCUCUCGGUGCCCAUACAUCUUACAAAGUUGAGGAAAUGGCACAGGCUGAAACGUGCAACUCAUCUUUACCAGCUGAACUACCUGGUAACUUAUUUGAUGCAACUCAAGCUGAAAUGAUGGAGGACAGUGCACCUGUAUGGAAUGAACAGCUAGAAAAAGAGUUUUUCAGUGUUCUAGAUGAUCUGGAUGACCAGCUGGCACAGGAACAAGCCCAAGAUUCAGUGAACAGAAAGCAUCUAGUUGACAGUGGACCAAGAGCACAAUAUGUGUUUCCCAGUACAAGCAGACAGACUGCUAUUAGGGGACAACACAGAAAUAACUGCAGUGAAACACCGAGCACAUUUUUCUCUGAUGCAACAAGAACAAUAAGAGCCAAAGAGGACCAUAAAAUUUUCUACAGACCAAGGAAAUUUUAUGAUACAUAUAUGAACAGAUGCCAUUCAGAAUCUAAAGAAUACAUGCGCAAGGAUUCAUUAGACAGUAGUUACCCUGUUCUGAGCAGAAGGCUGUCUUCUGUAUCUUUUGGAGAGUCCUCAGAAGGUAGCUUGCAUCUUUCUUCCAUAAGACAGAACAAUGGAUUUGGACACAAGAGUUAUAUGGGGAAGGGUACAGUUGGGAGAAGUUACUCUGUGUGUUCUCUUCAGAGAUAUCCAUCUUCAGCGUCCUCUGAGCCAUUUUCAACAACUAGUUUACAAAAUCUAUUGGCAAUGGAGAACAAUAGUGGAUUUGUAAGAAGGAACAAUCGGCAAACCCCAAAGCGAAUUCCCCUCUCUUCUAUUGUAUGGAAUAAACCAUAUACUUCUGGACGUGCAUCAAAUCAAGACAAUCUUUUUAGGACCCAAUCAUUAAUGGAAUGGAAUGGCACAAAACAGGAUACAUAUCCUUGCCCUCUGCACGAAAACAGAAAAUAUGAAUUUUACCAGUCAAAACACCGUUACAGAAGAGAUAUGUCAAGUACUAAUUGGUUUAGUAGCGUCAGUUGCACAGACAAAGCUGCUACUUCACUAUCCUUCAAUAAUUGGGAGAAUUAUCCGUUAUGCUGGUUGGAAAACAACCUCUCUAGGUCCCACUAUAGAGAUACAGCUUGUCAUGGUAGGUUCCAAAUAGACCAAAAGAGUUCUCCUUUUGGAAGGAAAGAGGAGCACCCUUCCUCAUGUGAUAUUUACCAGUACUACAAUGAUGAAGUGUUUCUUUCCCCUGAUGCUCACUAUGAAAUGAUUACAUCUAAUUUAAAUGACCAGCAAAGUGCACAUGCAAAGAAUGCUAAAUUUGCUUCACAGUGCCAUCAGAGUGACUUUCAAACAUGUGUGUCAGAGAACAGAAGCAGUGUGGAGAUAUCAAGUGGUGCAAAUAGUAAACUGCUUUCAAAGAAUUCAAAAGACCCUCAGAACUGUCUCACUUAUAAAUCUGCAGUUAUUUCAACCAGCAUCAAAGCAGAUGUGUCUAAUGAGUCUGUCUUACUGGGUGAAAGGUUCAAAAUGAAAUUGGUAGCAGAGAACAGCAGUUCUGCCACUAAGGUUUCCCAAAGCCAGCCACAGCCUUUGGUUACCCAAAUGAAUAUUAAGAAAGACUUUAAAAAAGCUGCUUCAGACAAGGUCAGAGACUUGGAACUAUCAGGCAAGGCAGACCAGAAAAGUAUUAAAGACAUAAUAUUACAUCCAGUUUCUCAGAAAGUGAAUACAAAAAAUACUGUUGAUCCCCAGAGUUCUCCUGCCUUGCAAAACAGCACAUCUCUUCUUAAUUCACCUCUCUCACUGAGUUCAAGGAGACAAACCCAGCUCACCGCCACAAGAGAGAUUACAAAAAAUAACAUAUCAAAGAGUUGUAAAAGAAACCUACAAAGAAAGGAAAAUGAUCUUCCUGCUCACAGUGAACUUAAUCAGACCCCUUCUCUUCUGUCAGCUGAUGAGAGCAGAAGAGAAUCAUUUCUUUCAAAUCUGAAGCAAUGGGAACAUCAUCUGCUUAAUUCAGCAAAAAGAAAAGGCAUUAAAUUAGGAAGCUGGAGAACAGAAACUACUGAUCAUAUCACUCCUAAGGGAGAGUCUUUCCAGGUAGAUGUUCUACAAAGUAGUGCAUCAGUUCAUUCUGCUCCAGUUAGUGAAACGUUGGCAAACCAUCAAAGCAUAUUGCCCAGUCCUCCAGAAUUAUUGUCUCAUAGUUCACAAGACUCUCUACAAGUCUUUUCUCAUAAGAACUAUCUGAAAUCGUUAGAAACUCCAACUAAUUCUUCAGUGAAUUGCAGAGUUACUGAAGCUCCAGCAGAAGGUGGGAAAGUAGUUGAGCUGGCAGGUGUUGUUGCAAAAGAUAUUCCCCAGGAAAAACCCAAAGAUCAAAACAUUUUAGCCAGUAAGGACCAUAAUAGUCAAUUAACUACUGGUGGUUCACAAAACAGGAAUUGUGAGAAUAUUUAUGCACGUAGUUUUGACAGAGGCCCAGAGAUUGCUGAACGUAGUUUAAACUAUUUUUGUUUGGAAAGAGAAAAUGGGAAAACAAGACACAAUGCAUCUUGUAUUGAAAGGCUCUAUAGGCAGGGAAGCUUACUGAGACACACAAAUAGUAGCAGCAUUUCUGGCUCUCCUGUUAAAAGCAACCCUGAGUCUCCGGAGCCUCUUGUCAUUUAUUACACUUUACCUAGAAAAUCAGCUAGCAUUGCUGGCAGUGUAAUGUCAGGUAUGUCCAUCUCUUUCCCUAAAAGCAAAACAGCCAUGUGGGAUCAUGUAGAGAAGCAGAACUCAGACAGAGCUGCUGCCCUUUCUUUUAAUCAAGGAAAUAAAAUAUCUUCUUUAGGAUCAACACAUUCCUCAAUAAGACCAAUACCUUUAGAUGGUAUUACAGAUAUCAAAGAAAAUGUCCUGCAAAUUAAGGAUCACCCUUUGCCUCUAAAUAGGAGCCCUGACCACUCCUUAAGUGGUAGUACAGUUGUCUCUGAAUCAGAAAGAGAGAAACUUGUAAACAAAAAAGAAUCUCCAGUAUUUUCAGACUGUUUGGAAAAGGAAAUGGGGGAUUCUUUGCAGAAAUAUAAAACUAUUAGCACAUUUACAGUUUCUGGUGAUGAGGAUCAUAUUGAAUAUCAUGAGUUGGUUUCAAUUUAUUACACCUUACCACGGAGUCAUUCAAGAACAUUGUGUAACCUCUUUCUAGAUGAUCCAGAGAUUACACCUUUAUCUUUUUACACAGAAAAAUCUAAAUCACCAAAAAUGCCGAACAAGAACUCUGAAGUUCGCAUCAGUAUAGCAAAUGUAGCUUUUCCUAGCACCUUAGAAAAAGAGAGACACCUACAUUCUCCUGAUCAAACUCCUGCAGCUUCAAUGACACCCCAGAAUGCAAAGACAGGAGCUGUUGACACAUAUCAGGAAAACUCACAUUUUUCUCCUAGCACUGAGAAAGUAUGUACUUCACAAUCAACAAGCAUUGUACAUAAUAAGAAAGAUAUUUCACCAGGGCUUGCAUUAAAAGAAAGCACACUUGUACUUCCUGACAUGGUGACAUCAGACACUUCUGUUCAUGAUCCAGAAUCCACUACAGAAGCGGAUACUUCCGUUAAGGCAAUUUCUAUUGCUUCACACAACCAAAAUAUUGAUAAAUGCUUUUCUUCAGGUAAAGAAAGUAAAGAGAAGGAGAAUAUUUUGCAUACUGACACACCAUUAACCUCCUCUUUGUCAACCCCCCAAAAACACAAAGACCCUCCAGAGAAUGUUUUUAAUUUUACUUCUGCAAUUAAUAAUACUAAUAGUCUGCAAAUCAGAGACUCCAAAAAUUGCCAGCAAUUUAUUGAAGUAAAAGGGAGUAACAAUCAGAAUAUUUUACCACCCCAGUUAGAUAAAAAUAGUUCCCAUGAAGGAAAAAGUCAUAGAGAGUCUGCAGUCAAUAAUACCCCAGUAGCCUCUGCUGAAAGUAAAUCUAGGCAUGAUGCAGGAGCCAAAGAGAGAUCAGAUUUUCAACACCAAAGCAUUUCUCUAUAUAACAAUAAAUGUACUGGAUUUCUAUUAGGAGUUGAAAGUUCCAGAAAUAGCACAGAUGAAGAAUUAAUUUCUGAUAGAAAAAUGCUUCCAAAUUCACAGAACAAACCAUUUCAGCCUGGCACAGUUUCUGCAGCUAAACCUAUACUUCAACCAGCCAAAAUAGGUAUCCCAGACACACAUGAUCUAGUGAGCCGCAAAACUAAACAAGAGCAAAUAUCCCUGAACACUCAGAUGAACAAAGAUUGCCCUAGUUUGCAGAAAGCUGUGCUGUACAGUGAAGAUAGACAGAAUGUUGAGUCUAAAGAUAAACUCUCCAGUGUCACACAGGAUCUGCAACUGCCGCAGAGUGCAGUGAGUGAAAAUAAGCUUAUGUCUGAUGGCACUAGAGAGAAAGUCAGUGAUAUAGAAAAAAGGAAAAACAGGCCCUCAGUUAAAAAUGAAGUGGCAGCCAUUUACAAAACAAGACGAAAAUUUUCUAGUAAAAAUGUAAAUCCAAAACCACACGUAAGUAAUAUAUUUUCACAGAAUGAUGGAGGUACCACUUCUUUAGAGAUUAACGUGACCCACAGCACAUUGCAUUCCCCUGCUUCUACCCAGCCAUUUCUCCAACCUGGAAAUGAAGACCAGAAUCAAAAUCUGACCCCUGGUGUUUGUGACAGCCCUGUUCACAAAAUAUCUGAGAAGAAGAAGAGAUCACAAACUAAUGAUGACUCUCCAUUGUUAGUUAAAAACAAGAAUCAAGGACCUUUUGCAAAUUCAUACAACCAGAGAAGAGAACUCAACAAUCCCAAACAAAACGAGAAUGAAGUGGAAAGCAUUCUGAGCCCCACAAUUCUAUUCCCAAAGGAAAUAGUUGCAAGAAGUAAGAAUUCCCAAACACUUGGCCAGGGGUUGGAAAACAGAAAUCAAACCAUCUUUUCCAGAGCUACUGAAGCAAAUUCAUCAGGAAAUCAAAAGAGAACAAGUACUGGUGGUAGUUCCCAUGAUCCACCACUGUUGCCAUUUUUAACUGACAAAAACUCAAACACGUUUAUAAAAAAUUUGCAGGCAAGUGUCUGUUCACAGAAACAGGCCCUUUCCUCGGAUGAGUGUGAUCAUGAUCAAAACCUCCAUCGGUCAAAGAGUUUAAAAAAUGCAAACCUGCACAGUAAUCAGUCACGCAUGAGUCGUGCAAAGAAUCAACGUGAACGUCACUUUUCUGAAAGCACCUGUACUCAAGAUUCCCAUGACAACCCUGGCUCUGGAAGUAACUGUCUACCUAAAGAAAGCAGGUACAGUAGAAAGUUUAAAUCUUAUUCUGAGCUGUGCUCUUAUGAUGAAAAUGAAAACUGGGCUUCAUAUGAUGAGAGGACCACCACCUACGGCACUAGACGUGUGAUGUAUCCUUCUAUUGAGUUUGGUAUAUUUGGAAAAGAACAACAACUGGCGUUCCUGGAAAAUAUCAAGAGAUCACUCACAGAAGGGAGAUUAUGGAGACCAUGUCUUCUUAAAAACCCUGGCUUUCUGAGAAAUGAAGAGAGUGAUUCUUUAAAGAGGGCUGAGCUCUUGAACUCAGGUUCUGCUGGGAGCAAAAUUUCAGUAGAUGCUUCAUCCCCAAGAAACUCAAUUGACAUCUAUCGAGAAGAACCAAUGGUUUAUUCAGACUCGGACACUGACACCACCACGGAUGAUGAAUACUAUCUUUGUGAGACUGAUAAAGAAUCAGAACUGUGAGAUCCUGUAAUACAAGAUUGAGAGAAAGAUCUCAUCUGAAAGGUGUUUUGGUGGUUUCUGGAUGAGCAUAAACAUGUAACACAUUUUGGGCCAGAUCCUGUGCUAGUAUAAAUCAGUGUUGGUCCAUUGACUUUAAUGAAGUUAUGUUGAUUUAUGCAAGCUCAAUUUGGCCAUUUUUUAUUUUAAAAGUAUUUAAACCUGUCAUUUUUUUUGCAAGCAAAAGAUAAAUUCUCACAUCUUUUUUUUAAAAAUAUUUUAUUAAGAAAAGGAAGAUGAAUGUGGAGUUUUUUAUUGUGUAAUGAUAUGGAAGUAUCUCCACUGACUUCUGCAGGAGUUGGAUUGAGCUUUUAUAUACUAAGUGGCCAGGGAUGUUUUUCCUGUAUAGCUUUGCGGAUAGUAAUCUCACACACACACACACACAUACCCCUUUGGGCAGAACAAAGAGCACCCUAUUGAGGCAAGGCAGUACACUUUCACUACUGGAAAAUUGGGUUAAAUUUCUCAAUAUGAAAAGUACAGAUGAGUGAUAGUCUGCUUUUAAAGCAUCAUAUGGAAGAUACAGGGUUGAAAUAGCAAGUGUCAUUGCUGGCUGGGGCUGAGAUGCAUUACCAGCUUGGCUUCCUUUGUCUUGAGGAUGAUUCUAGUUUUUAAUAAUAAUGUGUCACUUCACAGAGCACUAAAUUGAACAAAAAUUUUAAAAAAUUCUGUAACUGUAAAAUUCUCUUCUGUUUAUUUCCUAUGUGUUUCAUUUCCUACACUUCAUGGGCUCAAUCCUUAGCUGCAUGUAGUUCAUGCUGGGCACAGCACUGUUAGUGGGAAAGCAAAGGUGACUUUAAAUCACUUUUCCAUCUCCCCUAGCCCUCAGCCCAACAGGGGGCUAAAACAGUCCUUAGCAUAUCUUAGAACAGCCCAAAAUCUACUAUAAGUUGCACCAACAAAGCAGUCCUAGGAACUACUGUGCUAGCUGAAGAUGGGGCAGCAUGCUGUAUUCUGUGGCCCCAUCUCUUCUCUUUUUCCCUUUCCCGCUAUACCCCUUACUCUGAGGCAAGGAGAGGGCUGGAGGUAGCCUCAGCUGUCUACAUAAGGCAGUUUAAAGGGCCUCGUACACCACUUUGGUGGGCACUUAAUGAGGCUGAAAGAUCUGGCCCUAUAAGCAAACAUUAUUUUUGUUUUUAAAUAGCUGCAAUUUUUUCUAUAUGUAGUGAAGCGUGUCAGAGCUUGAAGAGGAACAUCUUUUGACAUGUUGUGUCUCGUAUCUUCCCUAAAUUAGCAUCUCCCUUUGGUAUUUUUCUAACAUGCUCUCUGUCAUUGCAAUACCUUUCAUCCUUUGAAUAGAAAGGCUAUGAAUGUUUUCCCUGAAGCUGUUCCCAUGCCACUUUACUAAAUGUUGUAUCGGUAUUACACAUUAGCCAAAACCCACACCAGGCCCUGAAAUCUUGAACUGAGCUUUCAUCUCUGGCCACUCAAAAUCACGUAGCUCACAGAGCCAGAAGAUCACAUAAGUUUAUUUGUACUUAAUCUUUACUAACUUCAUAUCUGGUCUCUAAUUAAUCUUAUUCCAGAAUUUUCUCUCUAUUUUUUCAUUUAAUAAAAUUAUCUUGAGACACAAAUCAUAUUUUUAUAACUGGAAAGACAAUGGCCUGAUAUUUUAAAGUAAUAUAUUUUAGGCAAAGCAAGCAAAGUUUGUAUCCCUGAAUGCUCCACAAGAAAAAUAUUGUAUUAGACAAUUUGGUACCCUUAUUUUUUAUAUUGUAUACUUCAUUAAAGAAGUGGAGCUGUACUUUGAAAGUGUUUUGAUGUAUAAAUAUUGUUAUAUACUUUAUUUUCUUUGGUUGUACAUAAGACUAAUAUAAACUACAUAUUUAUAUUCAGAAUUGUUCUUUUAAGUGGUAUCUAUUUUGGAAUGAUUUGCACAUACUGAUGCAUACAGUGUUGGAAGGAAAUAAUUUUCAUGUAAAUGUAAACUUGUAAAAUGUGCUGUUCUGAUGAGAAAUGCUAUGACUACUUUAUGUACAUGGUUUUACACCAUAUAUACAGAGUUCCACACCAUAAGAUUAAUAAACCAAUUAAUACUAAGUAAGGGUUUUCUGUUAUGAUACAUGUUUACAGGGAGGUAAAUGGUCAUAUGAUUUGCUCAGGUAAAAGUGGAUUAUUUGUAAAUACUUGUAAAUAUUUUCUACCCAUACAGUGGAUUUUGGACUAAGUUCUCACAUUGGAUGCAUAAAGGAGGCUUUCAUAAAAUACAGUGCUAGGUAUAUGACGAAAACUGGGAGCCAUACAAAGAAAUCAAAAUAGUUUAGAAUUUGAUCCUAAAUAAGUUGUGCAAGACUGUGGUGGGUCAGAGUGGCUGGUAACUAAUGUUUACAAAGGGCUGAUGUAAUUUUGUUAAGAGUCACUCAUAUAAAAACAUGAGGUCAAAUUCAUCCCUUUCAAUAAGAAGAUGCAGCUCUCCUAAACUGAACGGAGCUACACCAUCUUUUGCCCAGUGGUGAAUGUGGCCUGUUAUAUCUUCUAAGUCUUCUCUUUAGCUAUAAUAUAUUCUAUAAAUGCUUAUAUAUUAUAGGAUAUUAAUACUGAAAAUGACUGGUUUGA